CUGCUAUUUGUUUCAGACGUGAAUCAUUUCUUCGAAGUUUUUAUAACGCUUAGCAAGAGAUUCCAGCUGGAAGAAGCAAUAUUAGUCCUGGAGAAUUACACUGGAGCUCCGGAUUUCCUGCAAUCGCUUAGACGACUAAGGCCUACAACGGGACAAACAGAUAUAAUAAAAGCUUUAUCAUGCGUGGAACAAAAUAAUACUAUGGAGACCCAUAAGUCACCAGAAAACUCUUAUUCGUGGCUGUCAAAUGGAUACUCAAAUCAACAAUCCACACAAGGAACCCAGAGAUCACUAGGCCACAAAGUGACUCUAGAACAAAUUUUACUAAAAAAUCAACAAAAAAAUCAGGUACUAGCUGAUCAGAUGGCACGAUUAGCAUCAACAAGUCAGUCAGGAAUAUCGGGAAUGGGUACGAAACAAGCAAUACCACAAGGUCGAGAUAUUUCAAUGAAUCGAUCGGGGACAGAUGCUCCAAAUGACUCACAUGAUCAAACAGCUUCUGUACCAGAUGAAACAAAUAAAAAAUUAUCACAAGAUCAAGAAACGCCAAAAUUCCAAUCGAAUACAGUUGCUCCGAAUGAUUUUCCUAAUCAAACUGCACAAGAAUCCAAUAAUGGGCAAGGACCAAUUCGUUCACAAGAGCAACCAAGAGGACAAGCACCAGGUGUACCUCAAGGCCUACCAGCAAUAUCAGAAACGUCAGAAAUCACGAAUGCAACUUUAAUAAAAGGUCAAGAUACUUUAACAAAUCAAUCGGAAAUAGUUGCUCCGAAUGGUUCUCCUGAUGAAACCGCUACACAAGGAAUAAAUAGUUCACAGAAUCAACCUACACUACAAGAACCCAAUGAUUUACAAGGACCAAUUGACUCACAAGAUCUACCAGGAGCACAAGAACCAGGUGGUCCUAAACGCCAACCAGGAACAUCAGCAACAUCAGACAAGACCAAUCAAACACUACCACAAGUUGAAGAUACUGAUCAAAGUCUAAUUGAUCCGCAAGGUCAACCAGAAGUACAAGGACCAGGUGGCCCUCUAGGCCAGCAAGGUACAUCAGGUACGUCAGAUAAGUCGAAGCAACCACUACCACAAGUUCAAGAUACUGCAACAGAUCAAUCAGAAACAGUUGCCCGGAAUGGUUCUCCUGAUCAAACCGCUACACAAGGAAUAAAUAGUACACAGAAUCAAUCCACACCGCAAGAUCCCAAUGAUUCGCAAGGAUCAAUUGAUUCACAAGGUCAACCGGAAAUAUUGGAAAUGUCAGAAAUCACGACUCAAACUUUAAUACAAGCUCAAGAUACUUUGACAAAUCAAUCGGGAAUAGUUGCCCCGAAUGGUUCUCCUGAUCAAACCGCUUCACAAGGAAUAAAUAGUUCACAGAAUCAACCUACACUACAAGAACCUAAUGAUUCACAAGGACCAAUUGAUUCACAAGAUCAACCAGGAGAACAAGGACCAAGUAGUUCUCAAGGCCAACCAGGAACAUCAGCAACAUCACACAAGACCAAUCAAACACUACCACAAGUUGAAGAUACUGAUCAAAGUCCAAUUGAUUCGCAAGGUCAACCAGAAGCACAAGGACCAGGUGGUCCUCUAGGCCAGCAAGGUACAUCAGGUACGUCAGAUAAGUCGAAGCAACCACUACCACAAGUUCAAGAUACUGCAACAGAUCAAUCAGAAACAGUUGCCCGGAAUGGUUCUCCUGAUCAAACCGCUACACAAGGAAUAAAUAGUACACAGAAUCAAUCCACACCGCAAGAUCCCAAUGAUUCGCAAGGAUCAAUUGAUUCACAAGGUCAACCGGAAAUAUUGGAAAUGUCAGAAAUCACGACUCAAACUUUAAUACAAGCUCAAGAUACUUUGACAAAUCAAUCGGGAAUAGUUGCCCCGAAUGGUUCUCCUGAUCAAACCGCUUCACAAGGAAUAAAUAGUUCACAGAAUCAACCUACACUACAAGAACCUAAUGAUUCACAAGGACCAAUUGAUUCACAAGAUCAACCAGGAGAACAAGGACCAAGUAGUUCUCAAGGCCAACCAGGAACAUCAGCAACAUCACACAAGACCAAUCAAACACUACCACAAGUUGAAGAUACUGAUCAAAGUCCAAUUGAUUCGCAAGGUCAACCAGAAGCACAAGGACCAGGUGGUCCUCUAGGCCAGCAAGGUACAUCAGAUACAUCAGAUAAGCCGAAGCAACCACUACCACAACUUCCAGAUACUGCAACAGAUCAAUCAGAAACAGUUGCCCGGAAUGGUUCUCCUGAUCAAACCGCUACACAAGGAAUAAAUAGUACACAGAAUCAAUCUACACCGCAAGAUCCCAAUGAUUCGCAAGGAUCAAUUGAUUCACAAGGUCAACCAGGAGCACAAGAACAAGGUGGUCCUCUAGGCCAGCAAGGUACAUCAGCUACAUCAGAUAACACCAAUCAAAUAUUACCACAAGUUGAAGAUUCUGAUCAAAGUACAAUUGAUUCGCAAGGUCAACCAGAAGCACAAGGACCAGGUGGUCCUCUAGGCCAGCAAGGUACAUCAGGUACGUCAGAUAAGUCGAAGCAACCACUACCACAAGUUCAAGAUACUGCAACAGAUCAAUCAGAAACAGUUGCCCGGAAUGGUGCUCCUGAUCAAACCGCUACACAAGGAACAAAUAGUACACAGAAUCAAUUCACACCGCAAGAUCCCAAUGAUUCGCAAGAACCAAUUCAUUCACAAGGUGAACAGGAAAUAUUGGAAACGUCAGAAAUCACGAAUCAAACUUUAAUACAAGGUCAAGAUACUUUAACAAAUCAAUCGGAAAUAGUUGCUCCGAAUAGUUCUCCUGAUCAAACUGCUACACAAGGAAUAAAUAGUUCACAGAAUCAACCUACACUACAAGAACCCAAUGAUUCACAAGUACCAAUUGAUUCACAAGGUGAACAGGAAAUAUUGGAAACGUCAGAAAUCACGAAUCAAACUUUAAUACAAGGUCAAGAUACUUUAACAAAUCAAUCGGAAAUAGUUGCUCCGAAUAGUUCUCCUGAUCAAACUGCUACACAAGGAAUAAAUAGUUCACAGAAUCAACCUACACUACAAGAACCCAAUGAUUCACAAGUACCAAUUGAUUCACAAGAUCUACCAGGAGCACAAGGACCAGGUAAUCCUAAACGCCAACCAGGAACAUCAGCAACAUCAGAUCAAUCAGAAACAGUUGCCCGGAAUGGUUCUCUUGAUCAAACCGCUACACAAGGAAUAAAUAGUACACAGAAUCAAUCUACACCGCAAGAUCCCAAUGAUUCGCAAGGAUUAAUUGAUUCACAAGGUCUACCAGGAGCACAAGAACCAGGUGAUCCUAAACGCCAACCAGGAACAUCUGCAACGUCAGAUAAGACCAAUCAAACACUACCACAAGUUGAAGAUACUGAUCAAAGUCCAAUUGAUCCGCAAGGUCAACCAGAAGCACAAGGACCAGGUGUACCUCUAAGCCAGCAAGGUACAUCAGGUACGUCAGAUAAGUCGAAGCAACCACUACCACAACUUCAAAAUACUGCAACAGAUCAAUCAGAAACAGUUGCCCGGAAUGGUUCUCCUGAUCAAAUCGCUACACAAGGAAUAAAUGGUACACAAAAUCAAUCUACACCGCAAGAUCCCAAUGAUUCGCAAGGACCAAUUGAUUCACAAGGUGAACCGGAAAUAUUGGAAACGUCAGAAAUCACGAAUCAAACUUUAAUACAAGGUCAAGAUACUUUAACAAAUCAAUCGGAAAUAGUUGCUGCGAAUGGUUCUCCUGAUCAAACUGCUACACAAGGAAUAAAUAGUUCACAGAAUCAACCUACACUACAAGAACGCAAUGAUUCACAAGGACCAAUUGAUUCACAAGAUCUACCAGGAGCACAAGGACCAGGUGGUCCUAAACGCCAACCAGGAACAUCUGCAACAUCAGAUAAGACCAAUCAAACAUUACCACAAGUUGAAGAUACUGAUCAAAGUCCAAUUGAUUCGCAAGGUCAACCAGAAGCACAAGGACCAGCUGGUCCUCUAGGCCAGCAAGGUACAUCAGAUACAUCAGAUAAGCCGAAGCAACCACUACCACAACUUCAAGAUACUGCAACUAAUCAAUCAGAAACAGUUGCCCGGAAUGGUUCUCCUGAUCAAACCGCUACACAAGGAAUAAAUAGUACACAUAAUCAAUAUACACCGCAAGAUCCCAAUGAUUCGCAAGGACCAAUUGAUUCACAAGGUCAACCAGGAGCACAAGGCGCAAGUGGUCCUAAACGUCAACCGGGAACAUCAGCAACAUCAGAUAAGACCAAUCAAACACUACCACAAGUUGAAGAUACUGAUCAAAGUCCAAUUGAUUCGCAAGGUCAACCAAAAGCACAAGGACCAGGUGGUCCUCUAGGCCAGAAAGGUACGUCAGGUACGUCAGAUAAGUCGAAGCAACUACUACCACAAGUUCAAGAUACUGCAUCAGAUCAAUCAGAAACAGUUACCCGGAAUGGUUCUCCUGAUCAAACCGCUACACAAGGAAUAAAUAGUACACAGAAUCAAUCUACACCGCAAGAUCCCAAUAAUUCGCAAGGAUCAAUUGAUUCACAAGGUCAACCAGGAGCACAAGAACAAGAUGGUCCUCUAGGCCAGCAAGGUACAUCAGGUACGUCAGAUAAGUCGAAGCAUCCACGACCACAAGUUCAAGAUAAUGCAACAGAUCAAUCAGAAACAGUUGCCCAGAAUGGUUCUCCUGAUCAAACUGCUACACAAGGAAUAAAUAAUUCACAGAAUCAAUCUACACCGCAAGAUCCCAAUGAUUCGCAAGGACCAAUUGAUUCACAAGGUCAACCAGGAGCACAAGGAGCAAGUGGUCCUAAACGCCAACCAGGAACAUCAGCAACAUCAGAUAAGACCAAUCAAACAUUACCACAAGUUGAAGAUACUGAUCAAAGUCCAAUUGAUUCGCAAGGUCAACCAGAAGCAAAAGGAUCAGGUGGCCCUCUAGGCCAGCAAAUUACAUCAGGUAUGUCAGAUAAGUCGAAGCAACCACUACCACAACUUCAAGAUACUGCAACAGAUCAAUCAGAAACAGUUGCCCAGAAUGGUUCUCCUGAUCAAACUGCUACACAAGGAAUAAAUAAUUCACAGAAUCAAUCUACACCGCAAGAUCCCAAUGAUUCGCAAGGACCAAUUGAUUCACAAGGUCAACCAGGAGCACAAGGAGCAAGUGGUCCUAAACGCCAACCAGGAACAUCAGCAACAUCAGAUAAGACCAAUCAAACCUUACCACAAGUUGAAGAUACUGAUCAAAGUCCAAUUGAUUCGCAAGGUCAACCAGAAGCACAAGGAUCAGGUGGCCCUCUAGGCCAGCAAAUUACAUCAGGUAUGUCAGAUAAGUCGAAGCAACCACUACCACAACUUCAAGAUACUGCAACAGAUCAAUCAGAAACAGUUGCCCGGAAUGGUUCUCCUGAUCAAACCGCUACACAAGGAAUAAAUAGUUCACAGAAUCAACCUACACUACAGGAACCCAAUGAUUCACAAGGACCAAUUGACUCACAAGAUCUACCAGGAGCACAAGGACCAGGUGGUCCUAAACGCCAACCAGGAACAUCAGCAACAUCAGACAAGACCAAUCAAACACUACCACAAGUUGAAGAUACUGAUCAAAGUCCAAAUGAUUCGCAAGGUCAACCAGAAGUACAAGGACCAGGUGGUCCUCUAGGCCAGCAAGGUUCAUCAGAUACGUCAUAUAAGUCGAAUCAAUCACUACCACAAGUUCAAGAUAUUGCAACAGAUCAAUCGGAAACAGUUGCUCCGAAUGGUUCUCCCGAUCAAACCGCUACACAAGGAAUAAACAGUUCACAGAACCUACCUACAACACAAGAACCCAAUGAUUCACAAGGACCAAUUGAUUUACAAGAUCAAACAGGAGAACAAGGACCAAUUAGUUCUCAAGGCCAACCAGAAAUAUUGGAAACGUCAGAAAUCACGAAUCAAACUUUAAUACAAGGUCAAGAUACUUUAACAAAUCAAUCGGAACUAGUUGCCCCGCAUGGUUCUCCUGAUCAAACCGCUACACAAGGAACAAAUAGUACACAGAAUCAUCCUACACCGCAAGAUCCCAAUGAUCCGCAAGGACCAAUUGAUUCACAAGGUCAACCAGGAGCACAAGGAGCAAGUGGUUCUAAACGCCAACCAGGAACAUCAGCAACAUCAGAUAACACCAAUCAAACAUUACUACAAGUUGAAGAUACUGAUCAAAGUCCAAUUGAUUCACAAGGUCAACCAGAAGCACAAGGAUCAGGUGGCCCUCUAGGCCAACAAGGUACAACAGGAACGUUAGAUACCACAAAUCAACCAUUACCUCAAGGUAAUACUCCAACCGAAACGGCUACGCUAGGAACAAAUAGUUCACAGAACCAACCACAAGUAUCAAAUUAUAAUCAAGGCCAACAGGGUAGUCGUGGGCAAAAAGGGUCACCAACAAAUCUUUCAUCACAACCGGUACAAAAUUUACAAUCGGUAGCUCCAAAUCAACCGACAACAACAGCUACAUCGAAAACUCCAGACCAGCCAGGAACAUCGCAAUCAUCGGGAAAUCCAAGUCAAAAUGAGUCACCAGGACGAAGAGUUGUGCAACCUUUCGCAGCACCGCAUCAACCAGGGCAAGGAGGCAAGCUGUCGAAGUAUCAAGGCACACGAGAAAUACAAAACGCUCUGAAGGCAGACGUCAAUAUUCACUUCAUGUUACUACCGAAAGGCCCCAAUAACACCAAGAACUGUUAUUGUACGUGCGAGAGUCAAAAUCCACCUAAGAUUAUUCCCAUUAAAGAUCUUCCACCGGAAAUAUCCGGAUGA